ACCUCAAAGCUUUUUUACUAGAGUAAAAAUAUUAGUUGGAUCACCUCUGGGGCAGGAAUAUAAUAAAGAAAUUUUAAAGAACUAAGUACCAGUAGCUGACCAGCAGGGAGAGGUAAAGCGUGGGGCUGACCAGAGGAGCAACCAGGAACAGAAGUACUGCAUUUCAGCUCUGUUACUUAUGGCUUUCCCUAAAACUGCUUCCCUCUCUUGGGGACAAAUGAAAAGGCAAGGCUCUCCCUUAACCUAUAAGGAUUGCCAAGUAUGGCCAGGAGGCAGCCGGGCUUGGGAUUGGAGAGAAACAGGAACUGAGCAUUCUCCUGGGGCGCAGCCUGCAGAUGUAAAGGAAGUCACUGAGAAGGGUGUACAGCCUCUUGUGAUGGGCAGAGGAAUGUGUGAGGCCUUGAAGGUGUCUCCGUCCACUGUGGAGUACCUCCAGAAACAAGGCAUUGUUGGGCAGGUCCUCCAGACAGAGCAGGCAGUGAAGGAGUGUAAUGCCUUGGUUGUCCAGGGGGUAAGAGUAGACAGUGUUUUCCAUUCCACCUGCUGAUGGGACCCACAGAGGAGAAUGAAGCACUCAGCCACAACAAAAAAGAAAAAGAAAAAAGUACCUAAGCAAUCUCAGUUACUCCCAUUUGGGAGCUGAGGAGUUCCCUCAAAAAAACAUAGCCCAAACUGGCCUUGAACUUACUAUGGUAGCCCAGCUUGGCACAGAAGCGGCAACCCUCUGCCUCUGCUUCCCAACUGCUGGGACCCCAGGUGCGAACCACUGUGCCUGGUUUCAAACUGAACUCUCUAGAGCUGAGAACACACCCACAGGAAGAGUGCUCUAGUUAAGACUUUGUCGGAGGAGCUCUGACCCAAACAGCUCUAAAUCCCCAACUCAAGAUGCAUAAGGUGUUGAGUUGGGCUUUGAUUUCCUGUCCGUGAUGUCCGACGUCACCUUUCCCUAACCAGAUUGCCUUGUAGCACUGCCUCCAAUUGUUUUGCUUGUUUGUUUCUGGUAUCCUGAACUCUGUGAGAGGAUUGAGGAUCUAUGGUGUGACCUACUUAGAAAGGGCUUUCUCUUCUUCCGGGCUGGAGAGAGGAAGAGAUCUGCUUGUCAUUUGAUUUGUCAUCCAUUUUUCCCCCAAACUUUUCUUCUAGCAUAAAAGGAAAAAAGAAUAUUUUUAACGGAACACGGUGGACCACUUUCUCGUGUUACUAAAAUCCCACUGUGGUUUUCUUGCAGCAUGGGCAGCUAACCGACUACCACAGCUGACCCUCAUCCGUAUUUCCUCUCUAGCCUCCCUCUCCUCUUUCCUCCACUCCUCUUCUCCUUG